UUUUGUCUAGGCAUAUCUGUGUAUUGCUGUGAUCACGUCAACAGCAGGAAGCGCGUCUCUGUGCCAAUGAGAGUAUAGUGAGUGUGUGUGAGUUUGAGAGCUGACCGCUGUAAUGUGAAAUACCACCACCCUAAUCCAUGUCCUCAUCUUGCUGAACCAGUACUGCAGCUUCAUUCCAGCCACUGUUCCUUCUUUCUGUGCAAUGGAUGGAUCUUCAGAUGCGACUUGAGCUAAAACGUUUUCAUCUUCAGCUGUGUCGUUACAGAUCUUUUAACAGUCGGUUUAAAGCGGGGAUCUGACGAGCUUCUUUCUUCUGCUUUCACUAACGGCCCUCCUACCAUGAGCAGUUCUACUCCAUCUACAGCUAACAGCAAUGACAGCAGCAAGAAGUUUAAAGGAGACAGAUCACCCUGCGAUCCCUCCCGCGUUCUUCACAUCCGCAAGAUUCCCAUUGAAGUCACAGAAGCAGAGGUCAUCUCGUUAGGACUCCCCUUUGGCAAAGUCACCAACCUGUUGAUGCUCAAAGGGAAAAAUCAAGCUUUUGUGGAAAUGGCUUCCGAAGAAGCAGCUAUCACAAUGGUAAACUACUACAGCACUGCCACGCCACACCUUCGCAACCAGCCUGUCUUCAUUCAGUAUUCCAACCACAGAGAACUCAAGACAGACAACCUGCCCAACCAGGCUCGAGCCCAGGUUGCUCUGCAAGCAGUGAAUGCUAUGCAUUCAGGAAGCAUGACUCUGGCAGGCUCUGCGUCUGCCAGUGAGGGUCCCCUAAUGUCCGGGCAGAGCCCUGUCCUGCGUAUCAUUGUUGAGAACCUCUUCUACCCUGUCUCUCUCGAAGUUCUGCACCAGAUCUUCUCUAAGUUUGGGACAGUUCUCAAGAUCAUAACCUUCACAAAGAAUAACCAGUUCCAGGCCUUGCUACAGUAUGCCGAUCCUGUGAAUGCACAUCACGCCAGACUGGCUUUGGACGGGCAGAAUAUCUACAACGCAUGCUGUACUCUGCGGGUCGAAUUCUCCAAGCUGACUUGCCUUAAUGUAAAAUACAACAACGACAAAAGCAGAGACUUUACUCGGCUUGAUCUUCCAUCCGGCGACGGCCAGCCCAUCAUGGACCCCGCCAUGGCAGCUGCUUUUGGUGCACCAGGGAUUAUCUCUUCACCCUAUGCAGGGGCGGCUGGAUUCUCCCCGACCAUGGGUUUCCCACAGGCUGCAGACAUACCAGACGUUUCGGGGCAUAACUGGCUGGCCCCCUCAUCGGUGUGGUUGUACAGAACAAACUUGGCGACAUCACCCGUUUAUACUGGAGGAUGUCUCCCACACCAUCAGUGUAGAAAGCCAGGAUGCAGCCACCUAUUAUGUGCCUCAGGUCUCUCAAUGCAGACAGUCCCUGGAGCUCUGGGCCAUCUUACUAUCCCAGCCUCUGCAGUUGCUGGCCGCAUGGCUAUGCACAGCUUGGCCCAUACAGCAAUGCAUUCGGUCCUGCUCGUCUCCAAUCUCAACCCAGAUAGUGUAUCGCCCCAGGGUCUUUUCAUCUUGUUUGGCGUCUAUGGGGAUGUUCACAGAGUAAAGAUCCUGUUUAACAAAAAAGAAAAUUCGUUAAUACAGAUGGCAGAUCCAACUCAAGCACAGCUGGCAAUGAGCCACCUCAAUGGGCAACGUCUCCACGGUAAAGUCAUCCGCGUGACCAUCUCUAAGCACCAGAUGGUGCAGCUUCCCCGUGAGGGGCAGGAGGACCAGGGACUGACCAAGGACUUUAGCAACAGUCCGCUCCACCGCUUUAAGAAGCCAGGCUCGAAGAACUUCCAGAACAUCUUCCCUCCCUCCGCCACCCUGCAUCUCUCCAACAUUCCACCAUCAAUUACAGACGAUGACCUGAAAAACCUCUUUGCAAGCACUGGAUGCUCAGUGAAAGCCUUUAAAUUCUUCCAGAAAGACCGGAAGAUGGCCUUAAUCCAGCUAGGUUCUGUGGAAGAAGCCAUCCAGGCCCUCAUUGACCUCCACAAUCACGACUUGGGAGAGAACCACCACCUCAGAGUCUCUUUCUCCAAAUCUACAAUCUAACAUCUUACUUUGGAUUUCCUUAUAAGACUGAACAGUUUUUAGAAAAA